AUGGCUGCUAACCCUAUUACCAAAAAUGGACUCUUUGUCCACAACAACACCACUGCUCCUGAGCACCCCAGCCUCAUGAGCAUGUUCUCCCUCAAGGGGAAGACUGCCAUUGUUACCGGUGCUGGUGCCGGUAUCGGUUUGGCCGUUGCUCAGGGUCUUGCAGAGGCUGGUGCCAAUGUGGCCAUGUGGUACAAUAGCAAUGUUAAGUGUAUCAAGAGGGCUGCUGAGAUCGCUGAACAAUACGGCGUUCAGACCAAGGCUUAUCAGGUUCAGGUCACCGACGCAAACGCUGUAGAGAAGGCCGUCAACGACGUCGUCAAGGACUUCAAUGGCCGCCUCGACGUCUUUAUCGCGAACGCCGGUGUUCCCUGGACUCAGGGCCCCAUGGUAGACGGUCCCCUCGACCACUACCGCGAUGUCGUCUCCAUUGAUCUCGACGGUACCUUCUAUUGCGCCAAGGCUGCUGCUGAUCACUGGCGCCGCCAGAAAGAGGAGGGCACUGAUGCCAAUGGUAACAAGCUCACCAACUUCACAUAUGGAAGCUUCGUUGCUACUGCCUCUAUGAGCGGUCACAUUGUCAACUUCCCCCAGUGCAAGCAGCCUACAACGCUGCUAAGGUUGGCGUCAUCCAUCUUUUCGCUUUCUGUCGAAUGGGUCCGCUAUGCUCGCGCCAACACCAUAUCCCCCGGUUACAUCGCGACUGAGAUAUCCAGCUUUGUGGCCGAGGAUACCAAGAAUAUCUGGCGCGACAAGAUCCCCAUGGGCCGUGAGGGCCAAGCCCACGAGCUGAAGGGUGCCUACCUCUACCUUGCCUCCGAUGCUUCCAGCUACACUACCGGGGCCGACCUCAUUAUCGAUGGUGGCUACUGCGCUCCCUAA